AUGUCUUCUUUCGUCUUUUACCCUCCCUACCAAAGUGUCUUCCUUCCCACACUGUUCUUUUCCUUUUGUUUCGUUUUUCCUUCUGCCUUCCUUCAUCUUUGUCAUUGGUUGACAUUCUGCUUUCCCCCCACCCACCUAUCAUUCUCUCUUCCUUUAUUUUUUUUAUCUUCGUCUCUUUCUUUUUUCCUUCCUCCCUACUUACUCUUCUUUCGCCUUCUCUUUUGGUUUGCAUUCUUUUUUUCUCUUUUCAUCUCAUUCAUUUGUUUCCCUUUCUCCUUUACUUCCGUCUUGUCUUUCUGCCUUCAUUUUUCUAUUCCGUGUUUUUUUUUUCGACCUAUCUUUGUUCUUUCGUUUCUUUCGUCUUUUUCAUUCCUUUUCCAUCUUUCCUUCUUUUUUUCCUUCUUUUCUUCCUUCAUUUUAAUCUUUUGCUUUCUCUCUCUCUGCCUUCGUUCUAUUUAUCAUUCUACCUUCCUUUCAUCAUUCUUUUGUCUUCCUUUCGACUUGUCUUUUUUUUCUUCUUCCUUCCUUCUUCCUCUUUCUUCUUUUUCAUUUUCAUUUUUCCUCCUUUUUCUUCCUUUCUUUCCUUCUUUUCUUGCCUUUUGCCUAGUCUUUCGGUCUCUUUGCUUUUGUGUUCCUUCAUAUCUUACUAUCUUUCUUCCUGCCUUUCCUUCGUUUUUGUCUUUUUUGCCUCCAUCUUGCCUUUUUUUUUUUUUCCUUUCUUCUUUCUUUCCUUUUCUUUUCUUUUCUUCUUUUGUCUUUCCUUCUUUUUUCCUUUCUUCUUCCUUCCACCUAAUCUUCCGUUAUUCAUAUCUUUUCUUCUUUUCUUCCUCUGUCUUUUUCUUCUUCCCUCACUUUUCUUUCGAUGUUCCUUCAUUCUUGUUUCUUUUUCAUCCUUCCUCUUUCUUCUUUCUUCCUCGUCUAGUCUUUUUUUUUCCUUCCUUCCUUCCUUCCUUCCUUUUCCUUCCUUCCUCUCUUUCUUUUCUUUUUACAUCUCGUGAUUUCUUUUUCUUCAUUCCUCUUUUUUCUUCCUUUUCCUCAUUCUUCCUUUUUUCAUUUCCUUCCUUCCUUCCUUUUUCUUCUUCCUUCCUCAUCUUCCAAUUUCUUUUUCUUCUUUCUUCAUCUAUUUUUUUCUUUUUUGUCUUCUCUUUCUUCAUCUUCUUCUUUUCUUCCUCGUCUUUCCUCUUUUCUUCUUUCUUCAUCUCUUUUUUUUUCUUUUUCUUCUUCCCUCCUUUCCGUCUUUUCUUUUUCUUCCUCGUCUCUUCUCUUUUCUUUUUCUUCCUUCCUUCCUUCCUUCCUUUUCUUCUUUCUUCAUCUUCCUUCCUUCUUCUUUCUUCCUCUUCCUUUUUUCUUCUUUCUUCUUCUCUUUCCCCUUUUCUUCUUUCUAGUUUUCUCUCUUUUUUUUCUUCAUCUUUUCAUCUCUUCCUUUUUCUUCUUUCUUCAUCUCUUCCUUCUUUUUCAUCUCUUUUUCUUCCUCGUCUCUUCCUCUUUUUCUUCUUUCUUCAUCUCUUCCUUCUUUCUUCUUUUUUCCUUCCUUCCUCUUCUUUUUUCUUCUUUCUUUCUUCUUUCCCCUUUCUUUCUUCCUUUUUCACCUUUCUUCCUCUUCUUUCUUCCUCGGCCUUUUUUCUUCAUCUUUCUUCAUUUUCCUCUUUUCUUCUUUCUUCCUCAUCUCUUCCUCUUUUCUUCUUUCUUUCUCGUCUUUCCUAUUUUCUUCUUUCCUUCCUUCCUCUUUUCUUCUUUCUUUCUUUUCCUUUUUUUCUUUCCUUUUCUUCCCUUCCGCUUUCUUCUUUCUUCCGGCUUUUCCUUUUGUGUUCUUUCUUCAUCUUCUCUUCCCACUAUUUUCUUUCUUCAUCGUUUCUUCAUUUUUUUUUUUCCUCGUCUCUUUUCUUUUUUCUUUUUCUUCCUCGUCUCUUCCUCUUUUUUCUUUCUUCCUUCCUCUUUUCUUCUUUCUUCCUUCUCUUUAUUUUUCUUCUUUCUUCCUCGUCUCUUUCAUUUCUGUCUCUUCCAUCUUCUUUUAUUCUUUCUCUCUCCUCUUUUUCUUUCUUCUCUUCCUUCUUCUUCUUUUUUUCAUUCUUACCUUUUUUUUUCUUUCCUUCCUUUUUUCUUCCUCGCCUUUCUGUCCGCCUUCCUUUCUUCUUUCCUCUUUCGUCCUUCAUCUCUUCCUCUUUUCUUCUUUCUUCAUCUCUUCCCUCUUUUCUUCUUUCUUCCAGACUUUCCCCUUUUUUUUUUCUCGUCUCUUCCUUUUUCUUUUUCUUCCUUCCUCUUUUCUUCAUUCUUCAUCUCUUCCUCUUUCAUCUUCUUUUCUUUCUUCAUUUCUUCUUCUUCCUCUUUUCUUCUUUUCUUCAUUCUUCCUCUUUUCUUCUUUCUUUUCUCGUCUUUCCUCUUUUUUCUUUCUUCUCUCUUCAUUUUUCUUCCUUUCCCCUCCUUCCUAUUCCCUCUUUUUUUUCUUUCUCGUCUUCUCUCUUUUUUUUUUUUUUUCUUCCUUUCUUUCCUCUUUUUCUUUUCUUUCCCUUUUCUUCUUUCCUCCAUUUUUUUUUUUCCUCCUCCUUUCCAGUUUUCUUCUUUUUCAUCUAUUCCUCUUUUCUUCUUUUUUCUCGUCUCCAAGUUUUUCUUCUUUCUUGUUCCUCUCUCUUUCUCUUUUUCUUUCUUCCUCGUCUUUUCCUGUUUUUCUUUCUUCCUCGUCUUUUCUUAGGACUUCUUUUCUUCAUCUCUUCCCUUUUAUUUUUCUUCCCCUCGUCUUUCCUCUUUUCUUUUUCUUCCUCGUCUCUUCCUCUUUUCUUUUCUUUUCUUCCUCGUCUCUUCCUUUUUUCCUUUUCGAAAAAUCUCUUCCUCUUUUUCUUCUUCUCUUCCUCGUUUCUAUUCCUCUUUUCUUCCUCUUUUCUCUUUCUCGACUUCUUUUUUUUUCUCGCCUCUUCCACUUUUCUUCUUUCUUCAUCUCUUCCUCUUUUCUUCUUUCUUCAUCUCUUCCUCUUUUCUUCUUUCUUCAUCUCUUCCUCUUUUCUUCUUUCUUCCUCGUCUCUUCCUUUUUUCUUUCUUCAUCUCUUCCCCUUUUCUUCUUUCUUCCUCGUCUCUUCCUCUUUUCUUCUUUUUCUUCAUCUCUUCCCUUUUCUUCCUUCCUUUUCUUCUUUCUUUUUUCUUCUUUUUCCUCCUCGUCUCUUCUUCUUUUUUUCCUUCUUCUUCUUCCCCUCUUUUCUUCUUUCUUCCUCGUCUCUUCCUCUUUUCUUCUUUCUUCAUCUCUUCCUCUUUUCUUCUUUCUUCCUCGUCUAUUCCUCUUUUCUUCUUUCUUCCUCGUCUCUUCCUUUUUUUCUUUCUUCCUCGUCUCUUCCUCUUUUCUUCUUUCUUCAUCUCUUCCUCUUUUCUUCUUUCUUUCUCGUCUCUUCCACUUUUCUUCUUCCUUUUUCUUCUUCUUUUCCUCUUCCUCUUCUUUUUCCUCUUUUUCUUCUUUCUUUUCUUCCCUUUUCUUUUUUCUUCCUUCUUUUUUCUUUUUCUUCUUUCCUCUUUUCUUCUUUCUUCUCUCCCCUUUUCUUCUUUCUUUCUCGUCUCUUCCUUUUCUUCUUUUCAUCUCUUCCCUUUCUUUUUCUUCUUUCUUCCUCGUCUCUUCCACUUUUCUUUUUUCUGCUUUUUCUUCUUCUUUUCUUCUUUCUUCAUCUCUUCCUCUUUUCUUCUUUUCUUCUUCGUCUCUUCUUUUUUUUCUUCUUCCUAUCUCUUCCUUCUCUUUUCUUCUUUUUUCUCCUCUUUCCUUUUCUUCUUUUUCUUUUUCGUCUCUUCCCUGUUUCUUUUUUCUUCUUCCUCUUUCAUCUCUUCCCUCUUUUCUUCUUUCUUCCUCGUCUCUUCCUCUUUUCUUCUUUCUUCAUCUCUUCCCCUUUUCUUCUUUCUUCCUCGUCUCUUCCCCUUUUCUUCUUUCUUCCUCGUCUCUUCCUCUUUUCUUCUUUCUUCAUCUCUUCCUCUUUUCUUCUUUCUUCAUCUCUUCCUCUUUUCUUCUUUCUUCGUCUCUUCCCCUUUUCUUCUUUCUUCAUCUCUUCCCUUUUCUUCUUUUCUUCAUCUUCCCUCGUCUUCUUUCUUUCUUUUUUCCUCUUUCUUUAUCUCUUCUUUCUUCUUUCUCCUCUCUCUUCUUUCUUCAUCUUUCCUCUUUUUCUUUUCUUCUUUCAUCUCUUCCUCUUUUCUUCUUUCUUCAUCUCUCUUUUCUUCUUUCUUCUUUCUUCUUCUUUUCUCUUUCUUCCUCUUUUUUCUUUUCUUUUUCUUCAUCUCUUCCCUUUUCUUUUUUUUCUUUCUUCAUCUCUUCCCUUUUCUUUUUUUUUUCCUCGUCUCUUCCACUUUUCUUCUUUCUUCAUCUCUUCCUCUUUUCUUCUUUCUUUCUCGUCUUUCACUGUUUUCUCUCUCGUUUCUUCCUUAAGAUUGCGUUGUACCCAAGUCAAGACGUUCGGCUGGCCUUGA